UUUUCCCUUGGGAUCAACUACAAAGACUGGAAGUUCAGGUUGGGAGUGCAUCUUUUUUAAGGGAUAGGUAUCACAGGUACGCAUCAGUGAGGGCAAUAAUAAUAAUAAUUGAUAAGGCAGAGCGAGGCACCGGUGCUGCCCUGCUCCCUUCCCCAAUGCCCCCAGUACAAUAACACCAACCGAGUCUCCUCGUAUUUAUAUCCCUGCAUGUCUGUGUGUGGCCUUCGCCGCAUUCAUCAUUUGGCUCCCACUGCAGAACUCGCUCCAUUUUUAAAAUUAUGCAUGAUACACUGAAGAGACAAUUUGGGUUUCCCCCACCUCUCCCUUGCCCUUGAAGAAAGCAAGCCCUUGUCUCAUUUGCAUUUGCAUUAAAACCCUGCUCUCUAUAAGCUAAGCAAAGGGGAAGGACUUGAAGCCUAUGGGAUGGCUUUAGGGCUCUGCCCCUUGCUUUUGGCUCUCUCUCUCUCUCUUUCUCAUUCUCUCUCGUGCUUUGAUCUCUGCUUAACAACAGUAACGUCACAGGGACUAUACAGGAGAGUUUUGUUGGAAGUUAGAAAGUUUUGCAGCCUCCAGAGGGCUGUAGCGGCAGUAGCAGAAGCAGCAUCCAAGGGACUCCUGGAAGGGGAAGAGAGGGAGCGAGCGAGCGACUGACUCAGUCCUGCUGCAGAAAACUGACUCGAGACGACGGAGGCAGACAUGGAACAUCAGCUGCUGUGCUGCGAGGUGGAGACCAUCCGACGAGCCUACCUAGAUGCCAACCUCCUCAAUGACAGGGUGCUGCAGACAAUGCUGAAGGCGGAGGAGACCUGCUCGCCCUCCGUCUCCUACUUCAAGUGCGUGCAGAAAGAAAUCUUGCCAUAUAUGAGGAAAAUAGUUGCCACUUGGAUGCUGGAGGUUUGCGAGGAGCAGAAGUGCGAAGAGGAAGUUUUCCCCUUGGCUAUGAAUUAUUUGGACAGAUUUUUGUCUUUCGAACCCCUCAAGAAAAGCCGAUUGCAAUUGCUCGGAGCUACCUGCAUGUUUGUGGCUUCAAAAAUGAAGGAAACUAUUCCUCUGACCGCAGAAAAACUGUGCAUUUAUACAGAUAACUCCAUUAGACCCGACGAAUUACUGCAAAUGGAGCUGCUUCUGGUGAAUAAGCUGAAAUGGAAUCUGGCUGCAAUGACCCCCCACGAUUUCAUUGAACAUUUCCUUACUAAAAUGCCUCUGGCAGAGGACACCAAGCAGAUCAUCCGUAAACAUGCUCAGACUUUUGUGGCUCUGUGCGCUACAGAUAUUAAAUUUAUUUCAAACCCACCUUCCAUGAUCGCAGCUGGCAGUGUGGUAGCAGCUGUGCAAGGCCUGCAUCUGGGGAACACUAACACUUUCCUCUCCUAUCAAUGCCUCACACAUUUCCUAUCACAAGUUAUCAAAUGUGAUCCGGAUUGUUUACGAGCCUGCCAAGAACAGAUUGAAUCCCUCCUUGAAUCCAGUCUACGCCAGGCACAGCAGCACAAUGUAUCUUCAGAAACAAAGACUGUAGAGGACGAAGCAGACCUUUCCUGCACACCUACUGAUGUGCGAGAUGUGAACAUUUAAGAGGACUACUUCUAAUGGGUUUGCUUGGCGACAAAAGCAGACAAAGAAAGGGCAUCUGAGAAGGAAUCAGCAUCAGGAUCUCCCCCCCAGAAACCCUUUUCUCCAGGACAUUUUUAUACCAGAAGGGAAAACCAGUCCAGUUAUAUUUUUUCUUGCUCUGUCUCCCUUCCAUCUGUGACUUCAAACAAACAAAUAAACAAAAAAUACCCCAAAAACUGUCUUAAAAAAAGAAAAAAAUAGUAUUUGCAUUACCCCCAGGGGUUUGUGCUACAAAAAUAGAGGAUUUUAUACAAUAAUAAUCAACUAGUUUUUAUAUUAAAGUGUUCUUGUCUGUAUGUUGUAAAAAUAGGCAUUAACACACAAAAUGUCUCCAGGGGAGGUAUUAGAUUUGAUUUCUUGCAUAUAAAACAACCUACCAACCAUUUUUAAAGUAGAAGAGGUUUUUUUUUUUUUUAGAUAGUAAAUGAAAUAUUCUUUUUUCUUUAAAAAGCAUAGCUUUAACGCAGUUCUAGGCUUUUCUGUAUCUUGCUUGCUUAUGCAUUUAGUCACUUUAUAAUUCAUCUGUAAAUGUUUAUUUUAUUUCCUUAGUUUUUUUUUAUCCUCUUCACCUUAUAAAUGGUUAACGUAACCCAUAAGUUAGUGUAUGUUAGUAUGCAGCAUUAUGAUAUGUUAAUCUUUCUUUUGUGCCUGUGGAUUGCCUGUGCAUAAGGCAUUUGUAGGGUUUCAGCUUAGCAUUGUUGGGAAAGGCCAAUGUACUACUCGUACGAUACUCUAUUAUAAAGAGAAACCGAAAUAGUGACAUAAUAUAUUAUAUUUUUGUAAUCUUCAUAUUUUUGUAGUUACCUGUGUAAAAAUGCUGGUCUGACCCCACAGAUAUUCAGCCUAAUUAUGGUCAGGUUCAAUCCACAGUUCAGUCUUUUUUUUUUUUUGUUUGUAAUAUUCUAAAACCAUUCCAUUCAAAGCACUUUCAGUCCAUUAGAUAUAGGAAAUACAUUCUUUUAUUGUGUGGGAUUUUUUUUUUUUUUAAUGGAAUGGUUUGGAAAUAUAUAAGUGCUUGUUCGCAAACUUGGAAUUGCAAAGCAAGUGCGUUUAACUAUGGUGUUAGAGGAGAGGUGAUUUCUUUUUCCGAAGGUUGCGUUCCAGUGAGAGAAAACUCAUUCACAGAUUGCCAGGAUAUUUUCCUAUCCUUUUCUAUAGAAAAGUUGAAGUUUAGAAAUCCUUUGGUGCCAACUCAUCUUUAUAAAUUAGGGGCCUUAAAGGUUCACAUAUAGGACACAUAGUUUAAGGAUUGUCGCUAGAUGUUUUACAACUGAAGGUUUUUAAACACUAAAAUAUAUAAUUUAUAGUUAAGGCUAAAAAAGAAUAUUUAUUGCAGAGGAUGUUCAUAAGGCCAGUAUGAUUUGUAAAAUAAUGCAAUCGCCCCUUUUUAAAAAAAAAUCUUUCCACCCUUGAUGUUGCAGUUUCAACACAGCUUAUUAAAGAAAAAAAGGACACGCUUCAAAGAACAAACCCAAAACAAAGCAGUCUGUUUGGCCCCUUCCUAUACAUUUUUUCAAAAGCAGUCUAACCAUGAAAACGCCAUAGUUAAUAGAUAUGAAAAUUGGAGUACUUGAAAGAAGUUCUUAUUCCAGUAUAUGCCCCAUUUUUUUAUUUAGCUACAAAUAGAAAAUUUGCACAUCUUGGCUAUGUAUCUUUUUAUUAUUAUUUUAGAAAGUAGCUGAAGGGACGUGGACAUAGCUGUUGAAGUUGAUGCUCGAGGAGAAUGUGAUGGUGAAACGUAUGUGAGAAAACUGCCGCUAAGGUGUUGAUUGUAAAAAAAAAAACCCAACAAAAAAAACCAGCAAAAAAAUGAAAAAGGAAAAAAAAUUAAAAAUGAAAAAGAAGAAAAAAGAGAAAAGAAAAGGAGUGGAUGCUCCAUUUUUAUUGAGCUGCUAUGGAUAAAUUCCCAGCAUGGUUUGAAAAAAAAAAUUAACAUUGCUUUUCUGUAUCUUUGUCAUUGUGUUUUGCUGCUAUUUUGUGGAUCAGUUUUUUUUUUUGUUAUACAAUGUCAUAUACUGCCAUGUUAUAGGUUUUAAUUUUCUCAUAGAAAAUUAUAUUAUUGACAUCAUUUUUUUGUAGAUUUUUUAUGUGAUCAAUUUUUACUUAAUGUGAUUACUGCUCUAUUCCAAAAAGGCUCCUGUUUCACAAUACCUCAUACUUCAGUUAACCAUGUCUAGACCAGGUUUUAAUGUUUGUACACAGUGCCUCAUAGUUCUACUGCAAGCGGAAAUGCAUCGAACGUUAUUCUGAAUGGGUCUCGCGAUUUGCAACUAGGUUGCAUUAAUUUAAAAACAGCAGACAUUUCAGAAGAUCAAGUAAUGUCAUUUUUUUUUUUGUAAUGCAUUUUAUAAAGCUGGAUUCUUUGUCUGAUCUGGGGUUUAUUAUCAUAGUAGUUUUAAGCUGUGUUAUUAGCCACAUUGAUAUAUGAAAGGUGCAUUAUAAUAUAACUCUUGUAUGCCACCUGAUGUGGUUUCCCAUCAGUUUGGGACACAUCAUUUGGUAUGAUAGGUUAUCGUCUGGAACUCUAAGUAUUUUGUGUGUUUAAUCUGUUAUGAUAUACUAGGGUUUUUUUUUUUUUUUUUUUUUUGUUUUUUUAUUUUGUUUUUUUUUUUUUAAUUAUAGCAUAAUGCUAAUUUAAAAAGCCUGUAAAUCUCAUCAAUAAGCCAGCUAACGGAGUUGUAUGCUCAAGAAUAAUCUAGCUGUUGCCUGUAUGCUGCUAAACCAAAACAGAAUUAGAACUCAUUUUGAGGCAAAUGCAGUUAAGAUCCUACUUAGUGCAUAAAUAAAGCAUUGCAAUGCUACUAGCAGUCGCAGGACCCAGGAGGACUGGAUACAUUCUGUCCAAACUUCAGGAACAUUUCUUACUGCUUACCUCAUAAAACACUUCUGUUUGUGGCAUCUCUGUGUCUCUGAACCAAACGUGAUAAUUAUUGAGUUAGUCCUUGUGGGUUAUAUUUUGUGUUACACUGAGCGGCAGUGCGUACUGCAAAUUUCUUUAAAAUAUUCUGUGUACUAAAAGGCCAAAUCCAGAGUAAGUGGGUUCACGUGCCAACAGAGAUGCUUUAUUUGUCACAUUAUUAUAACAAUCUGUAGUAAGCAAGCAAUUCAGAUUUGUACAUUUUUAUAUUGUACUUACUGGCAUCACUGGUCUGAAAUGCACAUUUUCACCAACAGACCUGUAACAGACAAGUUUCCAGCAAAAAAAAAACUAAAGUCUAGAAAUAAAAUUGUUAAAACCCAGUGGCUGCUUGUUGUCAUCUUUUUAUUUUCUUUUUCCUUUUUAAAUUCACGAAUGCUGAAUGGUCGUAACUAACAGAUGCAAUGAGUAAACCAUGACAUUUGUGGGUUUGACUCUGUGUUUUAAUAGCUGCAAUGCUGAAAACCUUUUGUCGUUAUUUUAGGAAACUGAAGGCAUUUUUAGCAAGAGGUAGGCGAUUGCCUCUCACAGUAAAGUGUAUUUUUAAAUAAGCAAAAUAUUUUUUUUUCCUGAAGACUCUUUUAAAAACAUGGCCAUUCCUCAGAGUAAAACCCCAUUUGGUGAUUCUUUUCAGUAAAAGAUAAAGCAGGUGUUGGAUGGUACAGAAUGCUUGCUUGCAUUUGUCAGUGUAAGGUUUUGUGUCCUAGAAUUCCUUGACAGAAAAUCUUUUGUGUCUUACUAUUGUAUUGCUAAGAUAAUAAGGAAUAAGCCAGAAAAAUAUAAAAACCUACUAAAAACAAGUAAUAAAGAACUGGGAAGUACAGAAGUGAUAGAUGGUCACAUUCCAAAACCUCUCUGAAAACUGGGAAUGCACAUUAUCAAUUAUUACAAGAGUGGAACAUGGCAGAAACAGCUUACUCGUAGUGGAGAAUGGUCAAACUUCUAGUCUAUAUGUUUGACUAUUUACCCUAUGAAACCAUUUCUGCCUUAAAAAAAACAAUUCAGUCAAUGUGAAAUGUCAAGUGUUUGUCUCUCCUGUUGCAAAUUAGAAAUCCAGUACCUGCUGCCUGAGUUUCUCACUGACUAAACUCCACGUUACAACUGAUUCUCUGCAGUGAGUAAAGGAAAUGAGAAAUGAAACUCCCAAGUUAACAUUGAACGUGUCAGUUAUAGCCUAGUGCAAAAUCAGUUUUAGUGCAGUUACCAGUAGGUCGGAAACAAUUUGCAUCAGAAGAAUCCCAGUAGAGCUUCUAUUAGCUUGUCAGCUUCCCAGUCACUUCAGACAGAAACCUGAACCACAUGGCCUACCAUAAAAUCCGAGGUCAGGCAGGUGAAGUCAUAUCAGUACGUAGUGUGAUGUGUAAUCUUUUCCAUUCAAAGUGGGUAGCUCCUCGAUACUAUCAGGCUAUGCUAACAAGCCACUGAGGAAGAUUCAUAUAGCAAUGAAAGAGGAUCUAAACUAGAUUCACAGUACAGAUCAAGCCAAAGCUUAAACUGGACUCCCUGAAAAACAACUCAUUAUUUCCACAUAGACCUUUUAUCAGUUUUCUGCAAAAAUUCAGCUUAUUUAGAGAGAAAGAAAAAGAGAGGCGUGGAAAAGAAAGGCUUGCUUUUCUAACACUGGUGGCUAACCCCUCUGAUUUUAAUGUUUUAAAACUGAGUGUAGGCAUACUUAUAAAAUCUUGACUUGGAACAAAAAACCUUUUUGCUGAAAGAAUUCAGUGAGUAAACCUGUGUUUUGUUGAACACGUUAAGUGUGUUUUGCCUUUCCUGUAUGUUUUAUAAACUCAAACCAACUGAAGUCUUCUGUGGUUUAAGUAGGUUUAUGCCCACGUAGCUUGUUAUUUACAUUUUCUUUCUCUCAAACAUCAUCUCUGAAUGCAGACAACUAAAUUUGAAUGUUGGGUGAACUAUGCCAGUAUUAUUCAUGUUGCAAAAGGCAGAAAGACAAGAAUGUAGCAAGAAAAACAAUCUACUAUAGGCUGUGAAAAAUAUGCAUGUUCAGCUAGGCUAUGCUGUAGCUUAUUAAAGGGAAAAAUACUGUAUUUUCUUACAUCGGAUUGAGAAGUGCACACAGAAAAGCCUCCAAAACUCCUCUUCAUUUCCAUUGCUGAAUUCAGAUUGAUUGACAAACUUGGACUUUUAUGAACACUUAAAUUCAGAUACUCUUUAUUAAAGAAUAAACAAGAUCUGUUAAAUGUAAAAACUCCAAAUUCAUUUACAUUCAAGUAUAUCUGGCAUUUUAAGAGACAGAAAACUCCAGCAGAUAAAGGAGAAAGUGAAGCUUGGAGCUAUUGUUUCAAAGGUGUCAUAGGAAUGACAGAGACAUGUGGGUUAGAUACUCUGAUAAAGAUUCCUGGCAACGUCACUGAAAAGCUACAAUGGGACAAAGGCAGUCCUGCCAGCAUUGCUUUAUGGGAAAUGUAUAUCUUCAGUCAUACAUAGUAUUUUUAUGAUCCCACAAAUAUAAUUGAUAAUAGUAAUUGCCUGGGCAUGGCAAACAGAGAUUCCCAUCUGGCUUUUGACUAAGUUCCACACAGUUUUCCAAGCAAGUGAUGAGAAAGGGAUUGCAAAUUAGUCUACUGGAUUGCAUUGAUAAUGUGAGACUUGCCAGAUUUCUGAUUUUACUCUUUAGAGUCAAGAAGUAUGAAUUUCGGAGCAAGGCAGAAGUUACCCUUUUGUUUCUUCAAUGUGAUAGACACUUAAGAAGGAAACCAAAAAUAGUUUCUUGCUGAUGCCAUUAGCAUCUCCAGAGCCCUACUUACAUCUGUCCUACUUUUUGCAUGUAUGAAGACCAUGUAUUAAAAAGUCUCCU